AUGCCGGAAGUGUCGAUCGUCGAGCAGUCAUUGCUGAAACUCGCUGGUCUCUCAGUGGCCGCAGCGAUGCGUUACGAGUCCGUUAGAGGUACAUACCUGUUUCUCGGCCAAGCGACUCCGAACGAUGAGCGAUGCAGCCGAAACACUCCCCGAAAUCCACGGUCCUUGAUCAUCAACCUCUGGUGUCAUCUGCCCAUUGCAAGCGAUGUCGAGAGCGAAGAUUUCCUGCAAACCCUCCGGAAACAGAUUGCGAAGACGAGAAAUGACAUGGAUCGGAGGAGAUGCCGCGUGGAAUGGAACAAUCUUCUGGGUCAUAUCGGUGUCGUUGUGCCCAAGAAAUUCCUGCGGCCCGAGAACUUCAACGUGGUCAUGCCAACGCGUGCGAUGGUAUGCAUCGCCCCCAAAAAUCUCAGCUACGAGAUUGGCAGCACCCGGAGUGAAAUCAAGCGCAGUUAUGUCAACAGCCUUUCACAAGCCAUGAAUACUCCACGGCGUCCUGGAUCAGUGGAGGAAGGGAGCGGCGCGACUGCCGCAUACCAUGACCUAUCUUAUCAUUACAGGGCCGUACAUCGCUUCAACAAAUUCUUACACUUUCAAGAAAUCCAAGUCAAAUGGAAGGGAGAGCCGCAGGUGGACAUGGAAGGCUUGGCUGGCAAAGAGAUUUGGACCAUUGCAGACAGAGCAUCGAUGAGAAUAUAUUACCUGCGGCUCCAGCAGAUCCAGAGGAUCAUCGAUGCGUAG